AAAGUAACAGAUUCAACUUGUCGCUGAGAACGCGUCCGCGAUUCGCAUUAGAUCACUGACGGAUUCGGUUUCCGGCCACAAAGAGUCACUGGCCAAAACUGUGUGUGACACUGUGAUUUCGCGUGUGUCUGUCUGUGUGUGAGUGUGUAUUUUCAAUUUUAAUACAAUUUAAAACAAAUCAGCAUGAAAGGCAUGUGGAUAAUAUUUAUGAUAUUGGGCCUAAUCGUGCUCUGCCUGCUGGUGCUGCUGUUCAUGGCCGCGCGCUAUCAGCGCGAUUAUUGGCGCUAUUUGGACAUACCGCACGAGAGGCCCAAGAAGCUAUGGCCCAUCGUUAAGCAGCUCGUCACCCAAUCGCUCAGCACCGAGGCAAUGAAGGCCGCCCAUUACACGACACUCUACAACAAGUUCAAGGGCAGUGGACCCUUCUGCGGCUUUUAUGCGCUGCUGCAGCCGCGCGCUCUGGUGCUCGACCGUGAGCUUAUACGCCAGAUCAUGAUCAAAGAUUUCGCGAAUUUCAACGAUCGUGGCAUUUACUGCAAUCAGAAAUCGGAUCCGCUAUCGGGCGAUCUGUACGGACUGCGUGGCAAUAGAUGGAAGGAGAUGCGACAGAAACUGGAACCGACGUUCGAGCGAGACCGCAUAGAAUGGCUUUAUGACAGCCUGUACGAGGAGGCCGAGCAACUGCUGCUAAUUGUCAGCACCACGCUGAUGAAGCAGCCCCAUUCCACGCUCCACAUACAGAAGCUAAUGCGUCGCUAUGUGCUGUCCGCCCUGGCCAGCUGUGUAUUUGGCCUGAACGCCGAGCAGCGCCAAAAAUACCCAUUGGAUGAGUUUGAGCAGAUGACGGAGCUGGCACUGAGCACCCGUAAGCAUGGCUAUCUGAUGAAUCUGCUGAUGAUACGCUUUCCCAACUUCUGCCGCAGGCUGCGCAUGCGCCUAACUCCCAAGCAGGCUGAAGUCUACUUUCUGACCCUACUCGAAGACAUUGUAGGGCAGCGCGAGGCAUCGGAUGUACGUACUCAGGACUAUCUACAGCUGCUGCUGGACAUCAAAGCGCUGGAGCUGACCACGCACGAGUACGAGGCUGACAAGGAGCUGAAAGCGCAUCUGCAACACGAAUUGACAGCUCACGCGUUUGUCUUCCUCAAGGCGGGCUACGAGCAGACCGCCAACACCUUGUCCUUUGUGCUAUAUGAGCUUGCCCUGAACACGGAAGUACAGAGCCAGGUGCGCCAGGAGCUGAAGCAGACCAUGGCAAAGCAUCAGAAUAACCUGAGCUACGAAUGUGUGCAAUCCCUCACACUCAUGGGCCAUGUCAUCCUGGAAACCCUGCGCAUGCAUCCCAUCACACCCUACAUAAUGCGACGUGUCCUCAACGACUACACGGUGCCAGAGCACAUAAAAUACACGCUGGUCAAGGAGCUGUUUGUGAUCAUACCAACCCAUGCCAUUCACAAUGAUCCCGAGUAUUAUCCCGAGCCUGAGCGCUUUAAGCCAGAACGCUGGGGCAGUUCCAGAGACUCCUUCAAGGAGCAGAGCACAUGGUUUGGCUUUGGCUCCGGCGUCCGCAAUUGCAUUGGCAUGCAAUUCGCCCAGCUCCAACUGCGUCUCGCACUGGCGCUUCUUCUGCUGGAGUUCGAGUUCACUUUGAACUCCAAGCGACCGCUGGUCAGUCUGGACGAUGGCAUCGCGCUGCAGUUGAUUCCGCUGGGCGUAGUCGAGCCCGGCCUAGAGGAGCGUGCCGUCUAACUGCGGCAAAACCUCCAAAUCACAGUGCACGAAUAUGGAAUUUAUAAUGUGACUAAAGUUAAGAUGAAUUUAAAUACGUUUAAAUAUUAAGUUUUAAUUGGAAAAAAAAUAAUAACUUUGCAAUUGCGGAAACUUAGAAAUUCCUUGAAAGCAAUGAAAAGUUAAAAUAAUAUUUACACAAAAAUAAUAAUAAAAAAAAAAUAACAAGAGGGAAAAAAAAUUAGGCUUGUAAGUACUUAAGAAUGAAAACUCAAAUUAAUAAACAAAAAAAAUAUACAUGGAAUAAUAUUCAAAAAAAAUCAUAAACACAA